AGAAAUGGAAUUAUAUACAAUCUAGUAACGAAAGGCUUUUCAUUAAUUACUGUUACUGUUUGCCCAUCUAACUUGUCUACAUUGAGUUCCUCACAGCCUGUAAAUCUUCUAUGAUCAAAAUGAAAUUUAUCGUCGUAGUUUUCCUCGCUGCCCUUGCUAUGGGAAAAGCCGAAGAAUGUGGUGAAGAAAAAGCUGAACAGUGUGUGGAUAAUUUGCUAACUCUUCUACUUGGAGAUACCACUGAGGAAGAAGUCUGCAGGGAACUACGACUUACAGUAGAUUGCCUGAGAAAUGCUGCUGAGGAAUGCCUUCGCGGUCAAAGCGAUGAAGAAGUAGAGGAAGGCCUUCGGGAGCUGGAAAAUUUGAUCAAAGAUAAUUGCCAGAACAUUGAAAUGAUAGAAGAUCCAGAAGAAGCUGCAAUGGCAAAAUGUUUCGAUGAUAAUGAAGAAUACAUGUAUGAGUGCAUUUUUGAAGGCCAAAGUAAAGGCAUGUCUCUUGUAAUGACGAGAGGCUCAGAGCUGAAAGAAGAUGCACUGAUCUGUUCGAUGUACAGUUUCAUGGCUAACUGCUUUGUAGACCGUGCUAGAGAAAAAUGUGGUUCUAAAGCUGCAGAUGUUCUUGAAGAGGAGUUACAAGAUGCUCCACAAGAAAUUCAAGAUGCAUGUAAUAACGUUGGAGAACUGGAAAUGAUUGACUUCAGUCUACUGAGAAAGAAAAAAUAAACUUUUUUCUAAAUUUACAUAGAAUAUGAAAAGCGCGGUUUGAACCGUUUGCUUCAUAUUCAAAGAUUGUAUUAUGAAGUUACAAGAAUCGUAUUUUCUUCUUGAAUAACGUAAGCAUUAAACUCAUUGCAGUUUUGUA